AAAAAGGAAAAUGUUAAAGUAUUCUCACCUAUGUAAUAAAAUAUACAAUUUAUGACUAGUCUAUAAAGCCAGUUUCCACAUUUUCACUUCAUGUGUGCUGCGAUGAGUCAGUUUCGCUUGCAGCAUUAUUUCGAAGGAUGCCGGAAGUUGUUUUGUUGCCGUCAGUUUCGGUUACGUGCUGGCUGCUGCGCUGUCAUUCUAGACAACAGAGGAAAUUCUGGCAGGCAGUCAGCAUGUGAGGGGGUGGAGAGGAUACCUGCGUGAAGUCGGUAUUUUCAUCUUCCUCGUUAGAUAUAAGGGGCGCACUCAAGCUAAUCUGAAGAUAACACCAAGAAUGGACGACUGUCGCCAGCAAACGCUGCUGUUUACGUUCGGCGUGAUAGCUGACAUUCAGUACGCAGACAUCGACGACGGCUUCAAUUACACUCGGACUCGUAGGCGAUACUACCGAAGCGGUCUCCAGCUCUUGAGAAAUGCUCGGAAAAGUUGGUCGGAAUCACGUGUCAAGCCAGCAUUUAUUCUCCAGCUGGGAGAUAUUAUCGACGGCUUUAACAAGCCCAAGGCCGCCUCAGAGAGCGCGCUGAACACCGUGCUGAGAGAGCUGAGCUCCUGCCCCGCGGAGGUGUAUCACGUAUGGGGAAACCACGAGUUUUAUAACUUCAGCAGGAGCGCGCUGCUGCGUUCAAAGCUCAACAGCACGCUCCACACUGACAGGAGCAUGAGCACUGCCCCGGCCGGCUCGGGCGUAUAUGCUUACAGUUUCAGCCCUUUCCCCGGGUUUACAUUUGUUGUCCUGGAUGCCUAUGAUGUGAGCCUGCUGGGCAGAGAGAAGGACAGUGAACAAUAUGUCGAUGCUAUGAAUUUAAUAAAGCAGUAUAACAAAAAUGAAGACCUCAACUGCCCUCCAGCAUUCAACAAUCUCAUGCAGAGAUUCACAAUGUUCAAUGGUGGGUUCAGUAAGGACCAGCUGGACUGGUUAGACUCUCUUCUAUCAUCAGCUGAUGAGAAACAAGAAAAAGUCACAAUUGUCAGUCACCUCCCCAUCCACCCAGAGUGCACAGAUAACAUUUGCCUUGCAUGGAACUUUGAAGAGCUCCUGGCCGUCAUACGCUCUCACACCAGUGUGGUGUGUUACAUGGCGGGACACGCCCACGACGGUGGAUACUGCCAAGACGAAGAUACAGGAGUGCACCACCUGACAGUUGAUGGGGUGAUUGAGACACCACCUGACAGCAAUGCAUUCGCCACAGUCUCUGUAUACAGAGACAGGAUGGAGCUGAAAGGAUACGGGAGUAUCACAGAUCGAGUGUUUCUGUUUCCAUCCAGACAAAAUGACACAUAUGGUAAUUAAAGAAUCACAACUUUAUCACUUCUGUCUUGAAAAAGAAUUAUUGAAGAAUUAUUUUUUCUGUGAGUUCAGUCCACAAGUUAGUUAGUGAUACACGUAGGAACUAAUUGGAACCAAUAACAUUCAUCACGUAGAUUUUUGAAAGUGUCCUUUUGUGUUUAAUCACACCCGGACCUGUGAUGGAACUGUUUGGAUUUUGAGAAAUGUUCUUCAGACUGGGAACUUGAAGGAUGUUUCUCUGAAUAAGUGGGAAUAUUAUGAGUACAACUUACAAGAAGAUAGUGUUCUCGCUGCUUUCCACUUUACAGCACUGAGCUUUUUAAGUUAUUUUCAAAUGGAAAAACAAAUUAGGAACUAUUUAAGGGAUUGUAAUAUGAUGUUAUGAAAACAGCAGCAUACUUUACAAAUACAGUAGCUCAGAUAUUCUAUUGACAUUUAUGUUGUCUUUUAAUUUAUGACAGCGUGUGAAUGAUAACACACCAAAUUGGUGACAACACUUGAUUGAAAGUGUUUGAUUAAAGCUGUACGAAAUAAAGUGAAAAUAAAAAUGUAUCUAUGCUCAGUGGAUACAUUCAAUGCUA